AGAGACUUCCCACAAUACAGCUGUGUCUGACCAAGCUCUGAGAACUGCCAGGACUGAGGAAGGAAGGAAGAGGGCUGAGCAACCCCAGUUCCUCAAGCCAGCUCCUCACACGAAGCAGCAAUUGUGUUUCUGGUCACUUUCCCACCUGAUGGCUCCUGUGGCAAAGAUCUGGACCGCUGCAUCUCUCCUUGGCAUCGUCCUGUUCUUGAAUGCCCCGCUUCUCUUCACGCUGUUCGAUAACCCUCCAAGGUCUCCAAGGCAGAACGCUACCUUGACCCUCCUGAUCUGGAGCUGGCCCUUCGGGGAAGCCACAGACCUGACCGGUGACGUCUGCUCCAGGCUCUAUGGCAUCACAGGCUGCCAACUGACCACGAACCGAAUCCUGUUCAGCCAAGCGGACGUUGUGGUGUUCCAUCACCAGGAACUCCAGCACGAAAGGCAGGGCCUUCCACCGUCCAAGGCCCACCCUGGGCAGAACUGGGUUUGGGUCUCCCUGGAGUCUCCAAGCCACACCAAAGCCCUGGAGGGCUGGAUGGGGAAUGAAUGGAACUGGGUCCUCUCGUACAGGAAAGACGCUGAUCUCUUUCUCCCCUAUGGGGAGCUGGUGCCUCGUUCGCUGGGGGUGGUGGAGAUCCCAGAGAAAACCGGCUUAGUCUCCUGGGUGAUCAGCAACUAUCAUCACUCCCAAGCCAGGGCAGAGAUGUACCGCAACCUGUCCAGUCACCUCAGAAUCGACGUGUUUGGGAAGGCCAGCAGGAGGCCGCUGUGCCCCGACUGUUUGUUACCAACCAUCUCCAAGUACAAGUUCUACCUGGCCUUUGAGAACUCCAUCCACCGGGACUACAUCACGGAGAAGCUCUGGAGGAAUGCCUUCCUCGCCGGCUCUGUGCCCAUCGUCCUGGGCCCCUCCCGUGCCAACUACCAGCAGUUCAUGCCCGCCAACGCCUUUAUCCACGUGGACGACUUCCGCUCAGCCCAGGAGCUGGCCACUUUCUUGACUACCAUGAACGAAAGCCACUACCGGAGCUUCUUUGCCUGGAAGCGGAGCUACGCGGUCAGACUCCACCAGGACUGGCGGGAACGGUUCUGCUCCAUCUGCUGGCAGUACCCCCAUUUGCCCCGGAAGAAGCUCUACCCGGACCUGAAGCGCUGGUACUGGGAUUACUAGCAUCUGCUGCUAAAGCCAGAAAUGUCCCUGGGACAGUCAGACUCUCCGUGGCUCCUCGCCUGCUGCAGAGCUGCCCAAAGUAGGAUCCCCUGUGUUGGCACCAGUGCCCACCCACGGGGUCUCUCCUUCUUCCAGUUAUCCUCCCUUCUUAGCCCAGGGUUCCGUUCUUUUGUUCUCUUCUUUCUUCGACUUCCUUUCCUUCCUUCCUUCUUUGCUCAAGUGCUCGUCAAUCACAUUUCGCUUCUUCUCUGCUCCCUCAGCCCCACAAACCUCACAUCUGGGAUGGAUGAUGGGAUUUGUAGUUGAACCCACAUGGAAUGCCAGAUGGGAGGCAGGGGCUGAGAAGAAAGCUAUUCCAACGGCAGAGGAAGACGUGAAAGCUGCGAAGCAGAAGAUUGGCCUGACCUUAAACCCUUUCCUGUUUACCCAAGUGAAGCUGGCAAGAAAGGAAGCCAGAAACCUCAGUGCCCCUCCUUGUCUUGAGCAAGGGACCAGCGGGUGCAGUGGUUACAGUGCCCGGUUGGCAGCAGGGAGACACUCGUCCUCUGGACACCCUCAGCCUUCACCCAGCGGUGGGCAAGCGGCAGCCAAGCAGGAGGGCCAGUCUGCCUGGCCUAAUGGGGGAGGGGAGGGGAGGCAGAGUGACCACUGGCCAGAGGGCUGGCUGCCCCAGCCUGGAUCUCGGUCCUCCCUCAGCCCUCCAAGUCACAAGCGCUCCCCACAUCCUGUGAACAUCAUUUAACGUCCUUUUAAUUCUGCCUUUGGCGAAAUCUUGCCCUUUCUCGGCACAGUGCCAAUCCGGUGCCAGCCUCGUGUGGCCAUCAGCCCCCUCUAGUGGUCCCACUGGAUCCCUGUGGAGUUGAUCUCCAUUAAUUCUACUGAAACCACCGGAUUGAGCCCUGUGCCAAGUUGGAAGCCCCCGAGAAAGAGCCAUUCUUAAUUUCCCCAACUUUCCCUCCCACUCCCCCCCCCAGUCUAAAAUUGCUCAGUUAAUCCUAAUCUUAUACUGACCUACGUUGCAGGGCUGGGGGGGUGGAGAAAAUCCCCAUGCAGUAUGCUACCUGGGAGGAAGACAGGAAUUUAAAUGACAGUCUAAACUGGAGGAAGGAAGAUUAACAGGGCAAUCGCUGGGAGCACUUUAAAAAAGGACCUUUAAGAAUAGAUCAGAGUUUUUCAGGGGGGGUGUUCAGGGUUUGAGGCUGUGAGCCCCUCUGUUGGACAACUUGGCACACAAGGAUGGGGCUCCUAUAUUCUAGAAAUCUUCUUUCCUCUUGGAUCUUUCAAUCUCUGCAUGCAGAGUCAAAAUAACUCUUCUUUCAUCCCCAGCGAGCAUCGCUCCAAUUCUAACUUGAGAUUACUUGAAUAUCGUUUCCUAAUUAAGAAAAGAACUCCCUUAAUAGUAAAUUAUGUUCCUCAAAAUAUGUGCAGAGUGGAAUUUAAUUGCAAAGUCAGGAUGGGAUUAUCACUUGCGCAAUAUCUCAAGCAAGGGGCCAAUGGGUGCAGUGCUUCCAGGGCCAGGUUGGCAGUGGGGAGGCAGCCAUCCUCUGGGCACCCUUGGGGAGGGAGUGCCUCGGCUUCGGCCCCACCCUUCACCCUGGUGGUGGGCGAGCAGCGGCCAAGCAGGAGGGCUGGACUAGGCGGCCGGUUUGCCUGGCCUAAUGGGGGAUGGGAGGCAGAGUGACCAUUGGCCACAGCGCUGGCCACCACUCUGCAGGCCUGGAUGGGAUCUGAGCCAUCCUGGAGAAUCGGCCCUUGGCACUCUCCACCUUCUGCGAAAGAAUAUUAAACACACUGCAAGAGGGAGGCUGGGAGCACUUUGGGGUAAUGAGAUUUAUCUGCCUUCCUCUAACUACUUCCCAGACACAGA